AGGAGAUUCAAGAUGGCGGCGAGUGUCGUUCGUCAGUGUGGUCGCCAUUUUCUGGGCAAAUCAUUAAUCCGCCGUGUUCCUGUGGUUUCUUCUGUCCGACAUCUACGUCGGCUCCCUGUAAGUGAGGUUGAAGAGGAAAUGAAACCGCUGAAGUUGCAGGGUGAAUUAGCCUCCAUGGCAGGAACUAUUAUGUACCCUAAUGAAGAAUCUGCUAAGUGGGAUGUUGAUGUUCCUAUUCAGGAAAAGCUGGUCACAAACAUGACAGUCAACUUUGGUCCCCAACAUCCAGCUGCCCAUGGAGUGUUGAGGCUUGUUUUGGAACUUGAUGGAGAGGUGAUUAUGCGUGCAGAUCCACACAUUGGUCUUUUGCAUCGUGCAACAGAGAAGUUGAUAGAAUACAAAACAUAUCUGCAGGCCCUGCCAUACUUUGAUCGCCUGGAUUAUGUCUCCAUGAUGACAAAUGAGCAGUGUUACUCUUUGGCAGUGGAGAGACUCCUUAACAUUGAUAUUCCAGAAAGAGCUAAAUGGAUUAGAGUGUUGUUUGCAGAGAUCACCAGAAUACUGAACCACAUCAUGGGUGUAGGUACUCAUGCUCUUGAUGUAGGUGCCAUGACACCAUUCUUUUGGUUGUUUGAAGAGAGAGAAAAGUUGAUGGAAUUUUAUGAACGUGUGUCUGGUGCACGCAUGCAUGCAGCCUAUGUAAGACCAGGAGGAGUUUCCCUGGAUAUGCCAAUUGGUUUAAUGGAUGACAUUUAUGACUUCAUUUCAAAGUUUGCUGAGAGACUAGAUGACCUUGAAGAGAUGUUGACAAACAACAGAAUCUGGAAACAGCGCACAGUUGAUAUUGGAGUUGUAACAGUGGAAGAUGCUCUUAACUGGGGUUUCAGUGGAGUCAUGUUGCGUGGAUCUGGAAUCAAGUGGGAUCUGCGAAAAUCCCAGCCGUAUGAUGCUUAUGAUAAAGUGGAGUUUGAUGUUCCCAUUGGCAAAAAUGGAGACUGUUAUGACAGGUAUUUGAUCAGAGUGGAGGAAAUGCGGCAGAGUUUGAGAAUUAUUGAACAGUGUCUGAACAAGAUGCCUGCAGGAGAGAUUAAAGUAGAUGAUGCCAAAAUCUCACCACCAAAGAGGGCAGAAAUGAAGGAGUCUAUGGAAGCACUUAUUCACCAUUUCAAGCUCUACACGGAAGGUUAUCAAGUGCCACCGGGUGCAACAUACACAGCGAUUGAGGCCCCUAAGGGAGAGUUUGGUGUUUAUCUUGUUUCGGACGGCACCAGCAGGCCUUAUCGCUGUAAAAUAAAAGCGCCUGGAUUUGCACAUUUGGCUGGUUUGGAAAUGAUGUCCACUGGACAUAUGUUGGCUGAUGUUGUGGCCAUUAUUGGCACCCUUGAUGUCGUCUUUGGAGAAAUCGAUCGCUAAGUUCCUUGGUAAUCGGUAAAAUUAAGGUUAUCUUGCAUCAGAGGGUUAACUUUACAGCAUGU